AUGCUCGCUGCCGCUGCUCGUCGUCAAUUCUGCUUUGCUUCUUCGCGAACAGGAGCAUUCUCUGCCCUGCCGCGCUCAGCAAUUGCACGCAACAUGAACACAAAAGUCAAUGGACCAGUCAUUGGUAUCGACUUGGGGACGACAAACUCCUGCGUCUCAAUCAUGGAAGGAAAAACCUCAAAGGUCCUUGAAAACUCGGAGGGUGCUCGCACAACACCCUCUAUUGUCGCCUUCACCAAGCACGGUGAGCGACUGGUCGGCCUUCCCGCAAAACGGCAAGCUAUCGUCAACGCGGCCAACACCGUGUUCGCGUUUAAGCGCCUGAUUGGACGAAAAUUCCAAGAUAAGGAAGUCCAAAGCGAUAUGAAGCACUGGCCCUUCAAGGUUGUUGCCGACAAGGAUGAACGACCUGCAGUUCAGGUAGAAAACAAUGGCAAGAAGCAGACUUUUUCGCCUGAGCAAUUGUCAUCGAUGGUUCUCACAAAGAUGAAGCAAACUGCAGAGCAAUAUCUGAACAAGACCGUAAACCAUGCUGUCAUUACGGUUCCUGCCUACUUCAACGAUGCUCAACGACAGGCCACCAAGGACGCUGGCCAGAUCGCUGGUCUCGAAGUUCUUCGAGUAAUCAACGAACCGACUGCCGCCGCCCUUGCCUACGGCCUGGACCGAGCUAAGUCGUCAGUCAUUGCCGUCUACGAUCUCGGAGGUGGUACUUUCGAUAUCUCCAUUCUCGAAAUGCACGAUGGCGUUUUCGAAGUCAAGUCGACCAACGGUGAUACCCAUCUUGGUGGAGAGGACUUUGACAUUGCUCUCGUCGACCACAUUCUGGGCGAGUUCAAGAAGGAGAAUGGCAUCGACCUCACCGGUGAUACCAUGGCCAUUCAGAGAAUACGAGAAGCAGCUGAAAAGGCGAAGAUUGAGCUUUCGUCCACCAACCAGACAGAGAUCAAUUUGCCAUUCAUCACAGCUGACGCUAGUGGACCGAAACACAUCAAUACCAAGCUGCUGAGGAGCCAGUUUGAGGCGCUCGUUUCUCCUUUGGUUCAGCGGACCAUUGAUCCAUGCAGAAAGGCCCUUUCCGAUGCGGGUGUCAAGGCAAACGCCGUUGACGAGGUUAUUCUUGUUGGUGGCAUGACACGUAUGCCCCGCGUCGUCGAGACUGUCAAGACGUUGUUUGGCCGCGAGCCGAGCAAGGGUGUCAACCCUGACGAAGCAGUCGCCAUUGGUGCCUCCAUCCAAGGUGGUGUUCUCGCGGGUAAUGUCACUGAUAUCCUCCUGUUGGAUGUCACUCCAUUGUCACUCGGUAUUGAGACGCUCGGUGGUAUCAUGACCAAGUUGAUUCCUCGCAACACGACCAUUCCAACCAAGAAGUCGCAAGUUUUCUCAACUGCCGCUGACGGUCAGACCGCUAUCGAGGUCAAGAUUUACCAGGGCGAGCGUGAGCUUGUUCGUGAUAAUAAGCUGUUGGGCAACUUCAACCUCGUCGGCAUCCCACCUGCACCUAAGGGCAUCCCCCAGAUUGAGAUCACCUUUGAUAUCAAUGCUGACGGUAUCGUCAACGUGGGUGCCAAGGACAAGGCGACUGGGAAGGACCAGUCGAUGACCGUGGCCUCCUCGUCGGGUCUCAGCGACAAGGACAUCGAGAAGAUGGUUGCUGAUGCCGAGAAAUUCGCCGAUGAGGACAAGGCCCGCAAGGGCAUCAUCGAAAUGGCCAACAAGGCUGACUCGUUCUGCGCAGACACUGAGAAAGCUAUCCAGGAGCAUGCUGCUCAGCUUGACAGCGAGGAGAAGACCAAACUUCAGACGCUUCUCACGGAGCUUAGGGAGAUUGCCGUCAAGGGCCAGACUGGCGAUGCUUCCGUCUCGGCUGAAGGUAUCAAGGAAGUCAUGGACAAGGCGCAGACAGCCAGUCUAUCUCUCUUCCAAAAGGUGUACGAGAAGAAGAACGACGAGUCCAAGUCGGAGGAGAAGACCACGCCAGAGGCGGAGGUCGUUGACGAGAAGCCGAAGAAGGACUAG